AUGAGCUUUUUGGACGUUCUGAAAAAGUAUCUAAGACCCGGCUCAUACAAGUUUUGCUAUGCCGAUACAGAUUCUUUUAUGCUAGCUCUAACUGAAGACACCAUCGGUGAAUGUGUAAAGUCGGGUUUAAAGACGGAAUGGGAAGAAAAGAUUGUGCCGCUAUGGUUUGUGGACAAGAAGAAUGUAGCCACUGAAAAAGAGCCAGGCUUGCUCAAGCCCGAAGCAACGAUUCGAAGCGGUUGGUUUAUCGCACCGUCGCCUAAAUGUUACAUUAUGGUUGAAAAACCGCCGUGUGAACUUGAAGCAAAAAUAUGCGAUCCAAAGAAUGAAGACAAAAUUCUCGAUCUGCUGGCAGAAGAAAAGGCCACCUAUGUUGUCAAAAAGAAAUCUUCAAAAGGAUGCAAGGAAAGCGUUUCGCUUUGCCCGUAUGAAUAUCUUGCCGCUGUAUUUGGAGCAAAUUUUGAUAAUAAAAUCGAAAAAGAUGUUCCAGUUUUCCAAAUGAAUCGCAAACGAGACCGAAUGCAAACGUACAUGAUGCGCCGGCAAGUCUUCAACAGUGUCCUCAAGAAGCGCGUCGUCCACGAAGACAAAAUCACAACAACACCACUUGUCACCUCUGACGGAACAUUUGUUUAA